UCAUCUGGUUGAUGGCGGGACUCCGUGUAGUGCGGGGACCGGACUGGACUCAGGGGGACGGGGAUGGAGGGGAGGGGCAUUUAGGGACGGUGGUGAGCGUCAGUGAGAGGGAGGCUGUCGUGAAUGUGGUCUGGGACAUCGGGAAUGUUACUACCUGUCGGAUCGGAAAAGACAAGAAAUAUGACCUGAGAGUGUUCGAUAAUGCUUCCAUAGGAAUUGUUUUUAAAAACAAGACAUGUUCUGAAUGUCAGUGGGAAACUUUCUAUGGAAUGUGCUGGGAGUGCAAAAUCUGCAAAGACACCAACCUCUGUACCAUUUGUUACUUCAGAGGCAAACACGACAUGGAGCAUGGGUUUGUCAGAUAUACUGUGCCAAAUGCAGAAGGAGUCGAAGUCCAAAAACGCUUCUCAAGUCUGGCCAUGAGGUCAUUUGGAAUGUAUCCUGGAGCCAAAGUCACCAGGGGAAUAGAUUGGGAGUACGGAGACCAAGACGGUGGAAGUGGGGCGGUGGGGACUGUACGGGACAUUCGCAGUUUCAAAAAGGAUAUGUCUCACCGUAACGCUGUUGGAGUCAUUUGGCCUUCAGGAAAAGGGUUUGCUUAUCGCAUUGGAUUCAAGGGGAAAGUUGAUCUUGCCUGCAAAGAAGUGGCGAGAGGAUUUGAAUAUUAUCGUGAACACCUUCCACUGCUAGAUCUCGAUUUGAUUAAGAAUCAGGUUUCUACUCAGUCAACCCUUGGUGUAAAAAUUGGAGACCAAGUCUGCAUCACCCUUUCUAAAACAGAAUUAAAGGAAGCACAGAAAAAUUUCGGGGGUUUUCAUGACGAGAUGGAAAGUGCCAUAGGGAAACGUGGAAUAAUAGAUGGUUUCACAGACAACGGGGGCAUUGUCGUCAAAUUCCAGGACAACAGAUGGGUCUUCAACCCAAAGGCUCUAAGCAAAGUUUGGAGGGUGGCCGCGGGGGAGACUGUCCGUGUAAAAAAUGAUCAACAAAAAGUUGAAGCCCUUCAGAAAGGCCACGGAGAGUGGAAUCCAAAUAUGUCCAAGGUUUUGGGCAAAGUGGGUAAGAUAGCCCGAAUCACUCCUAAGAAUGACGUGGUGGUGUCCUUUGGGAGGAAACACUGGGUAUUUAACGUGGCCUGCUUGACCCCGUGCCCCGGGGCUCAGGUCGACGAGAUGGAGGAAGAGGAGAAUCUCACUUUAUCCGUUGCAACUGCUGGUUUAGCGAAUGGAUUGGGGUUAUUACUAGAGCAACUGCGAAUACUACAAGCCCAGAAAAGCAGACUGUCCCCUGAACAGUUUCUCAGAAUGGCGGCUGAUGGAGACGAUAAAAUGGUGUCACAAAUGGUCAAAGGGGAACCAAACCUGUGUAAUAUGCAAAUAAAAGGAACAACGGCGUUGAUUGCUGCAUCAUUUGAAGGACAUGAUGGCGUUGUUAAGAUUUUGAUUGCCAGUGGAGCAAAAGUGGACCAAACGGACCAAAACGGAAAUACGGCAUUACUGGCCUCUGUUUCUGCGUAA